AUGAGUCCCAGUCCUGCUGAGCCAAAAGGCAUUUUAAAAGCGAGCGAAAUUGAUCUUUCGGAUACUACAACCGCAGUCUCAUCUUCUUCGCUAUCACAAAAUAUACCAAAACUGUCCCAUCAAAGACACGGCUAUCGCAGAAUGGACUCACAAGGCUCCGUUCGAUUCUCCCCAAAUAUUGAAAGUGCUCCCGAAGACACCCCGUAUUCGACAAUUCCCUUAAUAGUUGAGGGUGAUUCCAAUAAUUCUGCGAAUAUGUCUCAAGGAUUGGGAAUAUCUCGAGUGUCCACCAGUGCCAGUCGCAAAUCUCCAAGUCCACCCAGUCCUUCAAGUGGAUUUUACAGCCCGCCAAUUGGUUCCGGAUCUUUGAUGGCUUCUCCUGCGACUUCCCAAAACCGUCUACUGCCAUCUCCAAGCUGGUCAGAAAAUAAUACAUAUGGUGAAGGUGGAGGAUACUCGGGGCAAGAUCAAAGGCAUACGCGCAAUGAAUCUCUUAAUGAAGAAGAUAUUUCUAAGGGAAAGAUUUCAGCUUUCACUGAGAGUUUGGACAUGGCUUUUGACGGUCCAAACAUCUCAAGACUGAACAGUAUCCGUGGAACUACUGUGCAUGACGAGAAACACAUUGGAUGUGGAUGCGCAGCGAAUAAUGAUAUUCAUUCGCGGGUCAGAAGUUGGACGAAUUCUGAUGGUGUCACUGUUGCUGAGUUGACAAUGCGAAAUUGGGUCAUUCAACCAGGAUUCAUGCUCACGAACCCCAAGAUUUUACGAAGGGCCGCAAUGUCAAUCUUGGGAGGAAUCACACUAACUGCAGCUUUUGUAGCUAUGUUUUAUACCACGGCAUCAGAUGCCAUAGUUAGCCCUAGUCUCCAAUUUGGGAAAUGGGAAAGUGUGGUAAUGAAAGGUCUGGUCAAAACAAGUUAUGGCAAUCCAACUUAUGUUGGGCAGAAUUGCCAAACCCCUAUUUCAACGGCUAUGGAUCAGCUAUAUUCCGCUUCCACUUGUGUGGAUAUCGAUCAUGCUGGGGAAGCGUAUCAUAACUUUCUCGAAUAUCUUCGUACUUGGGCCGAAAUUGCUGCUCCUGGAGGGAAAAGUAACUCAUCCGAGUUAGCACAUCGUCCAAAUGUGACAGCCAUGCUCUACGACAACACUACCGUCAAGGCCUCAUGGAUCCGUACCGAUACUAGCGAUAUGGCUGCUAGUUAUAAAAAGUACAAUCGUGUUGUGAACAACGUCACUCUUGCUAUGCCACACUCUGGUGUUAUCUCGGCUGCAACCGAUCAAGUUAAUAGCAUAUUACAGCCUUCUGAUCUCGAGGGUGUAGGAGAAUACAAAGUAAGAGCAUCAGUAGUGAGUCCUACUAUCAACGUUUUAUGUGCGAACAUGAAUAAAACUGAGCUAUCGCCAAUUAUCUACGUUGAUUGGCCGAAUGCGGUCACAAUCGAUUCUACGAAUGUUCCAAAUCAAAAGCUGGCUUGGGCCGGUUAUACAUCAGAAAUUUUCGUAGAGCCGGGACAGGAAUAUCUUAAUAGUACUGUGGUAGAUGAUAUCUUUGGCUGGGGUACAAAUGGUAAACAGCCUCCAGUGUUUCCAAUGUUACCCAUUGACUACAACAUCAUAAGCAACAUAUCGGUAUACAUGAGCGGAUUCAUUUACGUUCUUGCAAAAUCAAGUAUUACAACCGAUUAUACCAUCUGUGAAAUGAGCUCUUUUCUUGCAACUGAUUGCAGCACAAAAUAUUCAGCUGCUGGAUCGGGAGGGAUUCUCGAGACCACAUGCGAAGACCCCAAUGAUGAAUUGGCCUAUGCCAAAUCCUACGACCCUCCACCUCCACCUCCUGCCGCACAAACAGAUUUCCGAAAUAUAAUUUCAGAAUGGGCACUUACAUUGUCCCUUAACACCGGGAUUUCAAACGAUAAUGCUUCUAUUUCUCGAUUGUUAACACAAUUCGUCCCGACGACUCCUAGUCUCAAUACCACAUUACCGAGUCUGGCAGAAGCCCUCGCUUCCCUCGCUGGCUGUACCCUAUUAAUUAGUGCCCAGGACGCCACUUUUAGACAUUACAUGGGAUACACAGCUCCAGAUGAUAUUGUAAGCCCUGGCAUAUACGAACCUUUCAAUGCAUCCAUCUCCAGUCAAUCCUACACUUCUGGCCCUGCCGUUCGCUGGCAAAAUAUAUUCUAUGUCGUUCUCCUACUCGUUUUCCUAACCAACCUUUUCUGUCUCGGCUAUUUCAUCCGCCAACGUGGUCUCGUAACUGAUUUUACCGAAACUCAAAACUUAUUUGCUCUAGCGGUUAAUAGUCCCCCUUCUCAACGCUUAGGUGGAAGUUGUGGUGCUGGUCCACAAGGAGAUCAACUAAAUGUUGAUUUCCACGUCCAUCAUGAAGAAAAUUCAAGUCACUUUUACUUGAAGGAGGGGAAUAGUAGUAGUGUAUUUGAACCGGCGAGUUUCGAGUUGAAGAAUCGGAAAGGCCCGGGUAUGGGGUUGAAAUCGAGGACGGCGAGUAGUUAUAGUAUGUUGAGUAAUAAGCGGAGGAGUAUUCUAAAUCCUGAUCCUCAAAAGGUAUAUAUAGGUUACUGA